ACCCGUCUGGGACGUGGUGUUAUUGUCCUUCAAACCUGGCCGCCAGAUGCGCUCUUAGGUCCGGGUUACCGGGUUUGGAUUUUUCUGCAGAAGAACUGUUAAUAAAUCGACAUAUUGAAAAGGGAACGAGUGGACUGAGGGCUAUUUAGCCUACUAGGACUAAGAAUCCCAAAAUGACAGAUUUGAUUCGAAUCAGUGGACGGCUGUAUGAAAUGAACUGCCGGUUUUGCUGCACACCAUAAUGAAAGAAAGUUAAGUUCCACGCCAUGGCUGCCUCACUCUCCCUGCUCCUCUCACUCCUCAUACUGGGCACGCUUUCUGCACAGGAACUGGCCUCUGAGCAUGUCCUUCCCCAUCUGACCAGCUGUGUUUCUAACGACAUGGAAACCUUCCGCUGCAGUUGGAAUGUCGGAACAUUCCAGAACCUAUCACAGCCCGGAGACCUCAGGCUAUUCUACAUUAAAAAGAACCUCCAGUCCCUCAGAGAGUGUCCCCAGUACGGCCCCCCCGGCACCAGUGAGUGCUACUUCAGUGAGAACCACACCAGCAUCUGGAUUUACUACAGUGUGCAGCUCUUCUCCCGGGACCGCGCCGUCCUCUAUGACGAGAGAAUCUUCCCCAUCGAGGAGAUCGUUCAACCCGAUCCACCUGUGGAGCUGAACUGGACCCUGCUGACAGUGGCCCCGAGCGGGACCCACUUCGACGUCAGGCUGAGCUGGAAGGCCCCGCAGACGGCCGACGUCAAGACGGGCUGGAUGAGGCUCGAGUACGAGGUGCAGCACCGCGAGGGGGACGCCGACGCCUGGAAAUCGAAAGACCUUCAGAGGAACACGGUUACCUCACUCUAUGGGCUGCAGACCAACGUGGACCACGAGGUCAGAGUGAGGUCUAGGAUGCUGUCCUUCAAGGAGUUUGGAGCUUUCAGCGACUCCCUAUUCAUCCGUGUCGCCUCCCAAGUCUCCAGAUUCCCUAUUGCCAUCCUCUUGAUUUUCGCUGCCUUGUGUUUCCUUGGCGUUCUAAUGUUGGUCAUGCAACAAAGGUUGAUGGUUAUACUCCUGCCUUGGGUUCCUGGACCUAAAAUCAGAGGAUUUGACCCAGAACUACUCAAGAACGGCAAGCUGUCGGAGCUGAUGUCCGCUCUGGGGACGCACGAUGAACUGAAGUCUACCAACAACAACCAGAGCGACCCCUGGGUGGAGUUCAUCGACCUGGACAUCGAGGAGGAGGAGGAGGAGGAGGGCUCAUGCGGGCCCGGGGACGCCGGCUCCCCCUCCUCGCCCCGCGCGCCCCUCUCCUCCCUGGGGCUCCGGGACGACAGCGACUCGGGCCGGGACAGCUGCUGCUGCUGCGACGGCCCGUCCGACCACGGCCGCUCCUCCUCCUGCGAGCCCCCCGCACCCCGCGGCCCCGCCCGGGACCCCUCCGCCUGGCCGACCCGGGAGCGGGCGGGCCCCGUGGGCCUCCCCGCCGCCGAUCUGUACACCCUUGUGAGCCACGUGCACGGCUCCGGAGAGGUGCUCCUCAAGGCCGGGGAGGAGGAGGCACAGCGGAAGGAGGAGGAGGAAGAGGAGGAGGAGAAGCACAAGCAGGAGGAGGAGGAGGAGGAGGAGAAGGAAAACGCAACGAUCGACUUCCGGCUGGUGAUGACGGCGGACGCGGAAGAGGCUGAAACCUGGGGGUACUCCUCAGAGCGGGACGCGGGCAAGACGAGCGUAGGGGAGCCCAGCGUCCCACCGUCAGCCCUGCCUUCCUGGGGGUGCCAGGGCUGUCCCCAAGGGGCCUACACGGCUGCACAACCCCUGAGCUACACCCUGGUGGAGGGGGUGGACAAGCAGAACAGCCUGCUGCUGGGGCCCAACAACACACCCGUCGCCUGGCUAUGCACGCCCAAGUCUGUGCCGACGCCUGAGGGAUACCUGACCCCCGACCUUUUGCGGGACAUCACGCCCUAGAUCGUGAACAUGUAUUCCACAUGUUGGCUGCCAGCCAAAUUGUGUUGAAGAUACGAUGUGGUGUGUAACAUUUGGUGCCUGGGCUCGGGGCGCCACCGUUAGUCUCUCUAUCGCCAUCUGGAGGAGGAGGGUGACACUACUGCUGUCACAGAAGAAUAAAGAUUAUGAGAGAGUUCUCUUUAGGUUGGACUGGGAGGACUGUGUACCUCGUGGAAUGACACAGGGCCACGUAACGUGUCAGCUGUGAAGUGUUUAACACAACCACUCCUCGGGGUCUGGUUCAUCCCCUUACACAACUGUUUUGCUUAGGGGGGAAAUGUACAGACCACAAAAAAACAGAUAUAACCCAGGGAAUGUCUUUGUUUGGAACUGGUCUGGUUUAUAGAUUUUUCCGAAUAAGCCCUGACGUAAAACAAAAAAGUUUGUCUCGGUGUAGUCAUUCUAAGUAGCGACCUCUGUUGAGGAAUUAAAAAAAAGACAUUGUAAAGUGAGUUGUUUGGUGUUUUUUUUAUCGAUAAUAUUUUUUUUACUGUUUUGUUAACUCGCCCAAGUAUUUUGUUUCUCAUAAAACAUAUUUGUAAAAAGUCAGUAGGCCUCCUCUUGUUUAUAUAACAUUGAAAAGCUAAACCUCUUUUAAGUCACACCUUUAAAAGUUUAGACUAAAAAAUGUAGGAUAUCAUGCUGCUUCACACUGACUUAUCACAGUGCGAUUGAACGUGAUGAACCUGUUUUUUUUGUAGUGCACUUGCAAAUAAACUCUUUGUGACUUCUU